AGAGAAAACCCACACUGAAAUAUGUCUGAGCUCAGGAUUCUUGUCCAAGGAACUCUGAUAGCUUUGUUGUGCCUGCUCCUCUCCUUUCCACCACCAGCCACAGCCUCUCCCCUCCAUGAACCAGCUUCAAAUGGGAGUUGUGUCACGUACGAGAGGGACGCGCUUCUCUCCAUCAAGGACAGCCUCUGGGAGCCCAGUGUCAACCUCUCGUCAUGGCAAGGUGAAGAAUGCUGCACCUGGAAAGGCGUCAGGUGCAGCUACAAAACCGGCCAUGUCGUCAAGCUCAAUCUUCGUGGAAGUGCUCAAGACUGCCUCAGAUACUCUACGUAUAGAGGUGCGAUAAGCCACUCCUUGGUUACUUUACAGCAACUGAGGUAUCUAGACUUGAGCUGCAAUAGCUUCAACUGGUCUGAGAUACCGGAGUUCAUUGGUUCUUUUCCGAGCCUUAGAUAUCUAAACCUUUCAUAUAGCUUGUUCUAUGGGAGAGUACCCCCGCAGAUUGGGAACCUCUCCAAGCUUGCCUACCUGGAUCUCAAACUCCCAAGUUAUAACAUAUUGUACUCAAGUGAUCUUCGGUGGUUAUCACACCUGUCAUCACUGAAGCACCUCGACUUGAGCUAUAUUAACCUUACCACUGCACUAGACUGGGUCCAUGAAAUUAACAGGAUUCCAAAUCUUAGCAAGCUUUACCUAAAGUACACAGGCCUAAGAAGCACAGUUUCUGCCCUUGGUCAAUCCAAUCUUACGGCACUCGAGGUGCUUGACAUUUCACAGAACUACUUUAACACCACCAUUGCUCCACACUGGUUUUGGAACUCAACGUCCCUCACUUCUCUGAACUUGUUUCGUUGUCACUUCUAUGGUCGUAUUCCUGAAUAUAUUGGUAAUAUGGCCUCUCUCGAGGAAGUUUAUUUCGGGGGGAAUAAUCUUAUGUCCAAUAUGAUACCAUCAAAUUUCAAAAAUCUAUGCAACCUGAAGAUACUAGAAUUGUCAGGCAGCAACACCUCAGGGGAUAUCUCAGAGUUGAUGGAGCGGUUACCAAACUGUACUUUGAACAAGAUGCAAGUGUUGGACUUGGGAGAUAAUAUGCUAGGUGGGGCCAUGCCCAGUAGUCCAGGGCCUAUUACAAACCUGACCUGCUUGGCCCUACCUCAAAAUAAGCUUACAGGCCCUAUACCCAAAUGGAUAUGGUCACUCACCGAGUUGCUUAUUUUGGACUUAGAAAGAAACGAGCUACAUGGCGUAGUCACUGAAGAUCACCUAAGAAGCCUUACAAAUUUGAAGCUCUUAAGUUUGGGCCACACACAUCUUCAGAUCAAGGUCAGUCCGAAUUGGGUUCCUCCAUUCAAACUACAAGUAGUUACCUUAGAGGGUUUGCAGCUAGGACCAGCAUUCCCGUCAUGGCUUAGAUCACAGACAAGCCUUGGGAUCCUAUUGAUUGCAAAUACAACCAUAACUACAAUCCCAGAUUGGUUUUGGGUUGCCUUUUCAAGGGCAGAAGUUGUGGAUCUAUCCAAAAAUCAGAUAACCGGCGCACUACCAACAACACUGGAAUUUAUGGCAGCAGAAACAAUGGCUCUGUCCAACAACAGAUUUACUGGCGCAGUUCCAAAAUUCCCAAGAAAUAUUAAAGGCAUGUACUUGUCAGUAAACUCUUUAUCGGGGUCGUUGCCAUCAGAUUUCGGAGCCCCGUUGUUGCAGUAUCUUAGUAUUUAUAACAAUUCAAUAUCAGGCCCCAUUCCAUCUUCGUUAUGCUCAUUGACACAGUUGGCUCUGCUAGAUCUAUCAGGGAACAAGCUGACAGGAGAAGUUCCAAGCUGCGAAGAGGAUUCUAACCCACCCAUGCAUAAUCUUAAUGUGGUAAAUUUGCAUACCAACAACCUCUCAGGAGAGUUCCCAAGAGUCUUUCAAAGCUGCCCCAACCUUAUUUUUGUUGAUCUUUCAUAUAACAUAUUCUCCGGAGACCUACCUGUCUGGAUGGGGGUGAAGUUACCGUACUUAGCAAUGUUACGUCUGCGGUACAAUAUGUUUUCUGGCCAGAUUCCCAUUGAAAUUGGAAAGAAUCGAGAGCUACAGUUUUUAGAUCUUGCACACAACAACUUCUCAGGAAGCAUGCCGAACUCAUUAGUUAACUUGAGUGCAAUGGCCCGCACUUCUGGACAUAGUGAUGUUCUUUAUUAUGCCUUCAGUAAUAAACAAGGGGCUCAUCUGUACAACUCAGUAUAUCUCUCUAUUUCUUUCGGGGAAACAUUAUCUGUUCUUACAAAAGGGCAACAACUUGUAUUUUUCUAUAUCUCAGACAUGGUGGUUCUUGAUUUGUCAUGUAACAGUUUAACCGGAGUGAUCCCUGAUAUUAGUGGUCUCAUUGGAUUAAGAAGUCUGAACUUGUCAUUGAACAGCUUAAGUGGUGCAAUCCCAGAAAAAAUUGGUGAGCUCAAGCAAUUGGAAUCUCUUGACCUGUCAAACAAUGAACUUUCAGGAGAGAUCCCUUCAAGCAUGACUGCUCUUACCUCUUUGAGCCAUAUGAACCUGUCAUACAACAAUCUUUCCGGAAAGAUACCAACUGGAAAUCAACUCCAGACUUUUGACGCAUCUGACUACAUUGGGAACAUUGGUUUAUGUGGUUACCCCUUGACGAACAACUGUACAGGAAAUAGUUCAAGUCGACCUACACAUGUAGAUCAUGGAGAUGGACCGGAGGAUAUAUCCCUUUACCUUGGUUUGGCUGUUGGGUAUGUCCUUGGCCUUUGGGUGGUCUUCUGUGUGAUGCUGUUUAAAAAAAGAUGGAGAACUGUUUAUUUCAGAUUUAUCGAAGGGCUGCAGGACAGGAUUUAUUUGGCAGUGGUACUGAGAUGGGCCAAUCUGAAGAGGAAACUUGGUAAAACUUAAGUAUUGUUAUAUGUUAUGGAUGAUAAUAGUCAUGUAUGCGUUCGAUCCAGAACUUUCCUUUUUACGGAUGGCUCUCUAUAUCCAGGGGUGUUGUGACAAAAGUAUAUUGUAUGAACUGACAUGUACCACUGUUGUGUUCUCCAUAUGUAAUGUAAUCUAGUGCCACGUAUUGUAAACCAUCUGCCAUAUAUUGUAUUUUCCUUCUGCUAUUUUUAAGUCGAGAAUUGAUUCUUGGCCUGUAGUACUGUUGAUUUGUUAUAUAUUCAAAUUGAUGAAA